AAGGAAACAAACAUCCAUCCAGAAGGAACGGGAGACGGAGAGAGAGAGAGAGAGGAGGAAAGGCAGGAGGCCGAGGAAGGGAGCGUUAAGCCCGUAUAAACCUGUCUGACACCGAGGUCGACGCAUAAAAAACACAACCAGGUCGAGAAAAGGACCCAAGGACCCGAAGCCGUCGACCUUUUUCCUUCCGAUCAGACGGACGGCCACUCUUCCUGUCAUCUCGCGAGAAACUUCGUCGAUUUUUUUAGCAGGUGAUGAUCUUGGAUUAUUGAUUUUUCUUUUUCCCUUUUUUUCUUAACAACAAGGAUGAAUUUUAAAACAAUGGCUCAAGAGACGAACCAGAGUCCGGUGCCCAUGCUUUGUGCCACAGGCUGUGGUUUCUAUGGUAACCCGAGAACCAAUGGCAUGUGCUCCGUGUGCUACAAGGAACACCUGACACGGCAGCAGAGCAGCGACCGCAUGAGCCCCCUCAGCCCGAUGGGCUCAACUGCUAGUCCUACCUCAGAGGCCUCGGCCAUCCAGAGACUAGAAGCCAGUCUAGCCAAGGUCGACGCCUCCCCUGCCUCUUCACCAGAUAUGUCUAGAACCAUUCAAGGAUCUCUUCCUGUGACUCAACAAAUGACAGAGAUGAGCAUUUCGAGAGAGGACAAGCCUGAACCACUAGAGCCUGUUGUAAGCCAGCCAGCUGCUUCUAGCCCUACUCCUGUAGCUUCUUCUAGCGGUGACGAAAGUAAGGGCGACACCCCCAAACCCAAGAAGCAGAGAUGCUACAUGUGCCGCAAAAGGGUGGGCCUUACAGGGUUCGACUGUCGCUGUGGUAACCUGUUCUGCGGCAUCCACCGGUACUCUGACAAGCACAACUGUCCCUACGAUUACAAGGCCGAGGCUGCCGCCAAGAUCCGCAAAGAGAACCCGGUGGUGGUGGCCGACAAGAUCCAGAGAAUAUAGAUUUGGUGGAACGGCAGCGGUGGCGGCGAUGACGAAACACCUUUGACAAAAGACUGGAGUAUGAGUGCGAACCUUUGACACGAGCACUUUCACGAGUGUCUCAGUGAGGAUCGAAAAGGACUUGAUUUACAAAAUAACAACCUCAAGAAAAAAAGAAGAAAAAAAAAUGAAAAGAUCCUGUCCGCGGGAGAUGCAUGAAUGAUCACUUUUCUCCUUUUUUUUGAUUAAUUCAUUAGUUUGUUUUAUCCUAUUUUCUGUGGUGUGACUUUGCCGCUGUUCAGUCCUCUUUUUCUAAGAAUAUGUAUCGUCUUAUUAAGAGCAGACCGGGCGAAAUAUUCGGGAUGUGCCGUGCUCCUCUCACCCACACCAGGCGCCAUUUUGUGCCAAACCGUGGACAGCCAUUUUACUCGAGACACCGGCGCGUGUCUCUCAUCGCGUACAGACUACAAAAAAAAAAAAACGUGCACACGAGUCGCGUCCCUCAACCUUCCCGUCCUGUGCUCCAUUGGUACUGAAGUCAGUCGGUGUUCGCCGCCGUGCACAAGGAGAUUUGUUACUUUGUCUCUCUUUCCCAGCUUCACCUACCUCACUGCUGCCGUGUUGCGCUACGUUGUCUUCACUUGGUCGUCAUCAGCUUUGACCCACGCGGUGCAUCGUGUAGAUUGUCGGUGUCCGUGACCCCCCCCCCCCCCCCCCCCCCCCCCUCCCUCUGUUCAGCGUGCCAGUGUUGGUCAGUUUGUGGUGAGGCUGUUUCCAUUAAACCUGGAGGUAUGCUAGACAGGGACAAACAAAUCACUGCGUGUCUCACUGAGUCCAAACAUUUGCAAUGGAGUACAGGAGUCCCCCCCCCAACAGGUCCGAGUUCGGAUUGUAACCGCAGUCGCCUGGUGCAGGGCUGUGUUUUUAACCAAUGUGUGGCCUGAGAGGAAGGAUGGCACUCCUCCCUGGUGGGUGAAAUUAGGCUAAGAUAUCGUAGGGGUGUGAAUGAAUGGAAUAAGCGCACGAGUUGCUCUUCAUCCGCGUUAGUGUUUUCGGAAAUAUCACUCAACUUAGGGUUUCGGACAUUUUAUUUGCUGAGAGACAAUUAUCUGUUAUGUUUUAUUAGCUUUUUUUUCCUCUUCCAUUGCACUGAUGUUAGCGCAUGUAUUCAGUGCAUUUGUGGAAUUAGGGUAUGUGAACCAUGAUUUUUAUUUUGUUUUUUUGUUUUUUUUUUAAUGCGCUAACAGAACAUUCGUGUGAGCACAGUGUGUAUGUGUGUGUUGGGGUGUGUGUGUAUGUGUUGUUCUCCCAUCCCUGUGGAGCUACCCGGUUUAUCAGCACAUGUUUACAGAACUACAGGAGCAUGCCAGAGCUAGAUUUAUGAAAAAUAAUAGAUACCGAGAUUAGAUGUAACUUCUCAUCUGUCUAACAGCUAUUGGUCCGUGCGUCUGCUAUAGAGCACCAUAGAGAAGUGAGUGUGUGUGUGUGUGUGUGUGUGUGUGUGUGUGUGUGUUUAUUCGUGCGCGUGCAUGUGCACAUACCUGUGCAAAAGUGUGUUUUCUUGGCUGCCUGACACAUUGAAAUCCAUGUAUGUCUGUGACUUGUGUUUUUUUUUUCUCCCCUGCAAGGAUGUGUUUUUUUUUCUUUUAAAAGAUAACUGUAUGUAUCCGUUUGAGUUUUUCCUUUCUGAUUUCUGACUUAGUUAUAUGCAAAUUUGUACAAAAAUGAAAAAAACAACAAACUGUGUUGAUAUUUAUGUAUUACAUAUAAUCUUGCUAUCCAGCAUUACAACAGAAUAGUAUCAUGUAAAUAAAACUGUACAGAGAGACAUUA